GGUGAGGCGUCACUGAACAUGACGGAUACUACAACUGAAGAGGACAAGGACCCAGAUAUCGAGCUAUUUGUCAAGGCGGGGAGCGAUGGCGAGAGCAUUGGGAACUGCCCCUUCUCUCAGCGCCUCUUCAUGAUCCUGUGGCUUAAAGGAGUGGUUUUCAACGUCACCACCGUCGACCUAAAGAGGAAGCCAGCAGACCUCCACAACCUGGCCCCGGGCACCCACCCUCCCUUCCUGACCUACGAAGGGGAGGUCCACACAGACGUCAACAAGAUAGAGGAAUACCUGGAGGAGAAGCUGGUUCCACCCAAGUAUCCCAGGCUAGCGGCAAAGAACCACAAGUCCAACACAGCAGGAAAUGACAUAUUUGCCAAGUUCUCAGCCUAUGUCAAGAACAUCACACCGGAGCACCAUAAAGCUUUAGAGAAGGCUCUGAAUAAGGCCCUGGCUAAGCUGGACGAGUACCUGCUGAGGCCCUUACCUGAGGAGCACGACGCGGAAGGGUCCACCCGGAAGUACCUGGACGGGAACGAGCUAACGCUAGCCGACUGCAACCUGCUGCCCAAACUACACGUGGUUAAGGUGGUCGCUAAGAAAUACCGCAACUACGAAAUCCCGUCAGAUUUCCGAGGGAUUCAGCGUUACCUUGACAAUGCCUACCACCGGGACGAGUUCACCAACACCUGCGCAGCAGAUGUGGAGAUCGAGCUGGCCUAUAAGGAUGUAGCCAAGAGGCUGGGCAAGUGACCACGCCCACCACCGCUGAGGCAACUUCCUUUCCUUUUGAAAGGCCUUUAUAUAUAUAUAUAUAUGUAAACAUAUGGCAAAGUAGACCCAUUACAUGUUGUGUAAUUAUUUGACCUGACUUAAUACUUUACAAGAAUUUUGUUUUGUUUGUUUGUU